AUGCAGCAGGAGAAGUGCAAGAUGCUAGCCAUCAAAGUUUCUAGCGAAUCCCGCAUCAGCAUGACCCUGCGCACUAAACUGCGGACCCAGGAUUCUUCACACCCUCAUGCGGAAAAAAGGGAGCAAAGAAAAACAAAAUGGUAUCUUGCUCGACGCGAGUGGAGAGCCAGAAACGCAGUAAAAAGCAACGAGUGGGAACAACCUGCUCGACUGUUAGCCAAUCAUGGACACAAGUAUCGAUCUACCAAGAGAAACCCUCGUAGCGCAUCUCAGCCACUUACAACCCAGAACAGCGUUUUCGUUCUCUGGCUGGACAAGGGAGAAAAGCCAGCAAGAAACGCAAAAGGCGAGAGGCUGAGACGGGGAUUCAAGGUUACGAUCGAAGGGUGUCUUAUGACCAUGUCCGCCGGCUGGCCUUAA